UGUCUCCCUCUCUCUCUCUUCCCCUCUUCCGCACUCUAUUUCUCACUCGCGCAAUUUCUACAUGUCUCUGUCGCUACGGCAACCAAAGCUUUUCCCUACUUCCAGGCAAUCUCUAUUUCUCCCACUCCCUUCCGCGGUGGCUAGAGAGAUGAUUGAAGCAUCAAGGACUCAGUGAAAAGCCAGAAGCGAUGGAGAGAUGGUAAGAAAUUGAGCAAGCGUUAAACACACAGACACACAUUCGCAGUUAGUGUCCGGCAGCUCAAUGGGUUACAUCAGCUUCCGCUUAAGUCUCUUUCCAUCACCGCACGGUUCGCACCUCUCUUGUGUUUUCUAUGCAUCUCUAGCUUUUCCUUUUCAAUCCCUCCUUCCGUCUUUCCGUUGCUUUGUCUUUCCUUCCCCCAGCUCCAUCUCUCCCCACAUUGGAUUCAUUCCCGUUUGGAGCUUCCUGCUGGUCACUGUCAUUUUUUGCACUGCCACCGGUGACACAAAUGACAGGAAGUGGGAGGAGCUCGGCGAGAUGCAGGUGCCGGUCACGGUGCAGGCCACGACCACCCAGCCCUGGGGGGUGGACUGGGGUCCCACGCAACCCCUGGAGGAUGAAACGCAUCACUUUCUGUCCAGCCUGGAGACCGAAGGUCUGAAGAUGACCACCUCCGAGGAGUGGUCGCCUCAUCGGGGCCCGCCUUCCAAUCAGACGCAAGAGCCAAUAAGUGGAGAGGAGAAGACAGAUGCAGAAGAGCAGGAGACCCAAGAAGUGGACCCACAGUUUUAUGUGACGGUGACGAUUUCAUCCCUGCUGAUCCUCUCUGCCGUCAUCAUCUCUGCUAAACUCUGUUACGACCGCAGCUUCUCCCAGCGUCCUCCUCCUCUCUCUCUUGCCAUCCCUCGUUCCAUAGUUCAGGAGGACAGCAGGCAGACACUGCACAGCACUCCAUCUUUCCCCGACAGAGAGAGGAUACCGGUGGUCAAUCUUUGAAGAACCGACUGUUCCAAGCACGAUAAUCAUUUCCUGUGGGCAAGUCACAGACUUUUGUGUGGCCGCUGGUGUGAACAUGUGGGCAAACCAUCUGAAUGUACAUAUGAUGUAGAUAGACACGUGUGGAUUUCUGGAUUGGACUCGAUGGAGACGUGGGUAUGUAACGGAGCACUGAGAGUGGUUUCAUGUUCUGAUGUACUUCUUCCACUGCGGUUUGUACGGUAUUGUAUUAAUGAGCUUUCCAUGCAGCCAUUUACUUCAGGAAGGGCUCCAGGAAUGCUACUCAACCAUGAACACAAUCAUUAGCUUCUGAUCCUCAAAUAAGCUGUGAUGUAUGUAGUCAUCAAUUUAGUAUCCAGUGUGAUAUGCUCAUUGCAGCUACAGUAUUCUCAUGCAUACAAAGACCUAAAGGUCGCAUCUCCUAGCGCUGCCUUUACCACAUUUUGUGUAGCAUUUAUUUAGGCCUAAUGACUGCAGUUAUUUUGACGAGUUAAGUAUAGUUAACACGCUCUUUGUUUUGUCAAACAUAGCUUUGCGAUCCAUGGCAACUGCGGACCGCGUUGACGUCAAGCGAUAUAUAUAUAAUAAGAUCUCUGGAAGAACCUCUGCUGUGUUAACUUAUAAUUUACACUGAUGAUCAGGCGAAUGCUUUUGUAAUUAUGAAUCAACAUCUGUUGAGGUGUUCGUGAAACCUACGUAUUUCUAUUUAAAGCGUGCUGUUAUGCCUCUCAACAUUAAUCUUCUACAUCAUGGCCAUAUACAGCAUCUCUGCCUGGAUGCGUUAACUAUACAACCAUGAUUGAGCCAUUGUUAGAACUGAUGUUUUUUUGUUAACACACAGAUUAUAGCACUUUUAUAACAACAUGUAUCAUUCAGCGACUAUUUUCUGGAAAUUUUACGAAGAGCACAAUCCUGAACAUUUAUAUUGAGAUGAAAUAUGAGAUUGUGGUUUGGAUUAUAUAAUUUGCAAAUAACCACCCCCAGCUCUUUUAGAAAGCACAACUUUAUUUCAAAUAUUGCUACCUAGUGUAUAUUUUUGCCUUUGUCAUUAAUUUUGCUGUCUCAGUAGAGAGCAACCUUUAAGGAUUCAAAUUACUUUAAUAAAAAUUCUGCUUAAGGCUACAUUUUUGUUCAUGGGAAUUGCCCCCUUUUGUAACUAAGAGUGAAAACUCAACCAACAAAAAUUUGUCCAACUGGGUUGUCUGAAUUUUUUAACGUUUCGAUGUGCCAUUAGAGUUCAUAGCCAUAAUAGAAAAAGUAUCUUUUUUUUAAACAUGCACAAGAAGCUACAUCAUGUGAGAGAUGUAUUGAACAAAAUUUACAUCGUCCAUGUAGCACUGCCUUAAAUAUGUGAUUCAAUGUACUAUGGAAAUCAAUAAAGCCAUCUCUGGUGUUACAAAACAGUCAA